UGUUAAUGACAAUCAGUUCGCGUAUCUGGAGUUUUCCUAUAAAGAGAGAGAGAAAAAAAUCACACACCACAUGCCGUUUCAAACAGACGUAGCCUACUAGUCUGAGCAGUAAAUAGCCAAAUAAAUACAGAAAUACUUUUUUAAUCGGUUAAUGCCACUGCACGCCGUAAAUGCCUGACUUCUGAAAAAUAGAAAAUUAUCUUGGAAGAAAUUUCCUUUCAGUGAGAUUUUCGUAAUAGCAUUAAGGGAUUAAUAUUAUUAUUUCAAAAUUCUCUGGUUCCAAAUUUUACGGGAUUAUGUGAUACUCGACUGGUUUCCUAUUAUACCUAUAGAAUACAUGAUGAAUGAAUGGCAUUCUGCGGCAAACGGGCAAAUGGGAGUAAGGCUCUUCUGAAAGAAGAUGACUUUUGUUUGCUCUAAUACGAGGUUUAGUGCUUCCCUGUCCUGAAAAGAUAACACUUACUUGUUUAUGGCAUCCAUUCUGGACGAGUAAAUUACCUACAACAAUUACUCGCCGAGGUCCGUAGUGGGGGGUCUCAAUUCACAUGCUAAAACUUCACAACUACGAUAUUCUAAGUAAUGACGUAGAAAAUCCCGUUGGUUUUAAGAACUAGAUGUUGUGAAAGCCUUCCGUUUUAUUACAGCUGGAGCGGCUGUAAAGUACUCGUCUUAUUUUAUACCUGGUUAAGAUAAGCGUUUGUCGUCCUUGUAUUGAUCGGCAUGUCUUCCACUGCCGUUCAGCCGGUGGAGAGGAAGACUCCGUUUACCAUUGAACGAAUCUUGGGAUUAGACCUAAAGGAGCAAAGUACUGUACCUGUAAAGCCGCAUAGACCAUGGAUAGAUGCCUGCAACAAUUUGGCCGGAUCCGAAUCGCAGUUUACACAGGAGACGAAAUGCAAACAGGAUUCAUGCGACCGACCGGCUUCAGAUUCGUACAAGAGAACCUUGAACUGGUAUAUCGGCCGCAGACCCCGAACCGCAUUUACCGGUGCACAGAUUGAGAUCCUGGAAAGCAUAUUUCAAGUCAAUUCCUACCCUGGCAUAGAUUUGAGAGAGGAGCUGGCCACAAGACUGGAACUGGAGGAGGACAGGAUCCAGAUCUGGUUUCAGAACCGGCGGGCAAAGCUGAAGCGAUCCCACAGGGAGUCCCAGUUCCUGAUGGUGAAAAGAGCCUUCUCCGAUCUCCACAGCUAGGCAGGACACUAGUGUCGCAGUGUUUCCUCACAGACUCAAUAUCAGAGAUGCACAUUCACACACGGUCCCCUCUGACAUCCAGCUAGUCGCUGCUGCCCCCCCAGAAUUCCACUAUCUUUGUACAGUCUUUACCAGGGGUCUUAAACUUCAGUCCCACAGAGAACCAGCCCUCUACAGAUUAGUUCUUUGACUGUUCCACCACACCUGAUACAACUUCUCUGCUAAUUACCACCCAUUUCUUGAGUUAAAACAGGUGUGUUAAAUGAGGGGAAACCUAAAAAUGUGCAGGGUUGGGACUCUGGCUUGAACGUUUGUGUGUAUAUACAGAUGUAUUCCUUUUUAUUUGAAAAUGUCACUAUUAUAUGUGCUUAAAUUGUUUCAGCAUGUUUGUAGAUACGCCAACAAUUAUAGUAAAUUGACAGAAUCUCUGGUCUUAGUUUA